ACUCAUCGGCUCCACCCUCACACACUUUAAAAAAAAAAAAAAACAACAAUUUCCCAUUAUUCUUUGCGUUGUAUCUUCAAAAUUCUACCUCCAUUUGUUAGCCAUUAAGGCAUUAACAAAGGGACAAUCACUCAUAUAGGCCAUUAAAUUUCCUGGUCAUGGACAAAUCGGUCCCUUGAAGUUUAAUUUCAACGAACUUUGUCAAUACAGAAGUUUGUAAUAACAACAAGCAGAAUAGUAAAUUAGUAAUUAAUAGUUACUUUGUUCAUCUCCUUCAAGCUUUUCAUCCAUAUUGUUGAAAUUCACGUGUUAAUAUCUCGUCUAAAUAAUGAUACAAAUAUACAAUGUAGUCCGAUGCCUUCCCAUUUUAGCAAAUUAAACCGUAAUAGUUCCUUUUACAUCCUACCCGAUCGCCAACUAUAGACUACGCGCGCUAAUUUUUUUUAAAUAUUAAUUUGGGAUGAAUCAAUACGUUAGUCCAACCGUAAAACUUGAUGGAAAUACGAUUGUAUUAGUGAUUUCAAACCUCAGUAAUGAGUCCAUGGAGAAAUAACGGUUCAGUCACCACUUUAAGUCCAAGGAUUGUUCAUGUAAUUGACCCAUUAACAUUGGAUUUCAGACCUCCGAUUUUCCUCCUAAACUGUUUGGAUAAGGCGGUAUAAACCUCUUAAUAAUUGAUCAGGUUAUUAUAAAAAAAAAGUCCAAGGAUUGUUCAUGUAAUUGACCCAUUAACAAAUCAUCACCACUUCCUAUAUAUAUACGCCUACGCCUAUAACCCAUCGAGCUAACUCUGUUUAAUUCAUAAUCCAAUCCCAUUUCCCAACUCCAAUCUCUCUUGUUUUGUACUCUCUUUUCUUUAAACUUCCAUUCAAAUUCUUUGCAUUAUUUAUAUUUAUUCGAUUAGCUGUUAGUAAUCCAGCUCAAAACGUGCAAAAUUUUGGUUCACACAAUACUUAGAGAUGCUGAAAGAACCGCCGGUCCGACCAACUAAGCUACACUUCGCUAUAUGCUUUACCGUUCUACUCUUCAUGGGCCUGAUCGCCCUGAUCUGCUGGCUCAGCCUGCGCCCCAGCCGGCCCGAAUUCCAAAUCCACCACUUCACCAUUGUGGGCCUGGGCCAGGCCGACGGGUUCGAAUCCACCCGAAUCGUGUUCAACGUCUCGGUCAGGAACCCGAACCGGAGGCUGAGAAUCUCCUACGAAUCUUUAUCGGCUUCGGUAUACUACGGCGGGGAACGGAUUGGGUCCACGCCGUCGCUUUAUUCGUUCGAUCAGCCGCCGGAGAACACGUCGUACGUGCACCACGUGCUGACCGGCGGGGUUAUGGCCGGGAACUAUGGUCAGCCGUGGAUGGAGAUAGUCAGCGACCGGGCGCAAGGAUGGUGGACUUCCGGUUGGAGCUGAGGUCAACGAUUCGGAAUGAGAAGGCGAUAUUGGAUAUGAAGCGACACCGUUUGCGUCCCAAGUGUAAUGCUCCUGUUGGGCCGGAUGGGCUUCUGUUGCCCGAUUAUAGAGACAAACGAUGUUCCCUCUAACUCGUGUCUCAAUUUAAUUUUUAUUCACUACUUGUUCAAUGUUGAGGGUGUGGACAAAUAUGCAUUGUAAGUUGUAUCUACUUCCGAUCUACUCGUCGUCCUCGUUCUAUUUAAUACUGUCGUGAUCUUAACUUCUGUUAAAUCAUAUUCUAAUAAUCACAUUAAAAAUACAAUUAGGUAUAUAUCUCAAAGUUUUGAUUAAUUAAACUCAACUAGUACACGAGUUAUUGUCCAGGAAGUAUUUUCGAGAACCAAAAAAUCAAAAAAAUCACAACGUUUACAACUCCGAUAGGAGCUAAGCGCAAAAAUCAAAAUCUCCAAUAAGCGCAUGAAACAAUGAAAUGGCCUUUCGAGAAUAGAAGUUAAAAUCACGAUAGUAUAUGAUAGGACAAAAUAGAUCGACCUAAUUUGACCCAAACCACAUGAGAGUUAAUUAAGCCACAUUGCACGCAGCACAAGACAAAUAUAAUGUGAGUUAUUGAGGUUCCGCCCAUCCUGCUCCAUUGCCAUCCUUAUUUACACUAAUGGUAAAUGACUAGUAAGAAAACGUGUUAUACUUCCAUGUCCGUAAAAAUGACAGAAAAUCGAACAUUAAUCAUCUGCAUGUUGAUUAAAUACGUUUAACUGAAAGUUCGGUGGAAGUAGAACUAAAUCCAAGUUAGCAUUUUGUUUCAUUUUGAAGAUCAAUGUUAAUUUUUGGUUACUUCCAUUAAUGACUAAGAAGAAAUGACUUAUUAUGCC